UUUUAAUUAUGGUUUUUGAACGCAUUAUAUGGAGACUAGUCAGUGGAUACUAAUGAACGAACCUGGGAUUGCAGAAAUAACUCCUACCCCAGGAUUCUGCUUUGAAGAACGAUUCCUGGCUCUUUUCUCGUUCCAGAAAGACGGCUGGCUGUGUGAUAUAAAGAUUGUUUGUGAUGAUGGCAGUGUGGAAGCUCACAGGGUUAUCCUGGCUGCCACCUCCUCUUACUUUAAGCACAUGUUCAGUAGUGCUAUGAAGGAAAGUAGCAGUGAUCAGAUCAGAAUGCAGGGAAUGGACGUUGAAAGUCUGUCCUGUAUUGUGAAAUUCCUUUACACAAACGAGCUUGAUGUGACAAAGGAAAAUGCAUCAGAUGUUUUGAAGGCUGCCAAUUUACUUUGUUUACCACCCGUUGAAGAGCAAUGUUGCAAGGUAUUGCUAGGUCCAAUAUCCAAGGAGACUGCCCUGGACUAUGCUGUACUUGCUGAGCAAUACGGGAUGAACAGUCUUCUGAAAACUAGUAUUGAAUACCUGGUCAAAUACUUCAAAUACUUCCUCUUCAAUGGAUUAUACAAGUUAGACAUUAGAGCAUUCCAGAUUGUAGUGGCUAGUGAUGAUUUAGAUGUUAAAGAUGAGAUUAUGGUGUUUGAUACAGUAGUUCAAUGGAUUGAGCAUGAUCUUCCCAACAGACAGAAGCACUUUAAAUCUCUCCUCGAGCAUGUCAGACUGCCUCUUCUGCCUCCAAAGUAUCUUGUAGAUAUUGUAGAGAAAUCCCGUUAUGUAAAGACUGACUUUGAGUGCAGAGAUCUGGUUGAUGAAGCUAAGAACAGGCACCUCCUACCAAAGCGAACUCAAGGGUACCUUUCAGAACGGAUGACUCCCAGGAAGAGCACGGUUGGUUAUAUCUUCCUAGUGGGGGGUCUUACCAUCAAAGAGCGACUUCUUUGUAGCGUGGAGAGAUACGACUUGCCCCUGCAACAAAGCUUCAAAAUGCCAGACAUGAGUUUAGCUAGAAGUGGGUUAGGAUGCGCUAUAUUGGAGAAGGUACUUUAUGUCAUCGGUGGUCAUGAUGGGACUAAAGCACUCAAAAUAGGAGAAUGUAUGGACUUUGGUAAAGGCUCCUGGACUUGGGUACCACAGAUGCACGUACCACGGCGUAACUUGGGUGUUUGUGCUGAUAGCUCACGUAUUUAUGCAGUUGGUGGCCAGGUUGACUCUAAUACCACACUUGAUAGUUUGGAGUCGUAUGACCCUCGGGAGGGCUUGUGGAAGAAGCACGCUGCUACCAUGACCCGAGCCAGGAAAUACGCAAGUGUUGCUCACUUGAAUAAUGGUCUUUUUGUUGUUGGUGGCAAUGAUGGAACUCAUUAUUUGAAGUGCUGUGAGAGAUAUGAUUUACGUGCCGACAAAUGGGAGGAAAUGGCUUCAUUGCCCCAUGCUUUCGGUGCUAAUGGACUUGCAGUAUGGGACAACUGUUUGUACACAGUUGGAGGAUUUGACAGUCGUCAGUGUUUAGAUGUAUUGUAUCUGUACUGGCCACCCUCCAACACAUGGACCCAGCUACCUGACCCCAUGGCACACCGGAGGACUGGUCUGGGAUCAGUAACAGCUGGACACAAUCUAUAUGCACUGGGAGGGCAUAAUGGCGAGACUUAUCUGGAUACAGUUGAGAUGUAUGAUAGUGAUUCUAGAGGGUGGGCGAAACUUCCACCUUUGCACUAUAAAAGAGGUGCUAUGGCUGUGAGUGUGUUGGAGAACUGUUAUAUGACAGCCACUGAUCCAUUAUAGCAUUUGUUUCACGGGAAGUUUCCAUAAUUAAUGUUUAGUAUUGAUCGAUACAUUUUGUUAGUUUAUUUGUUAUUAUAACAUUAAUAUUUAAAUUAUAGUAUCUAUAAUAAGUAUCUUUAUUUGUGUUUUUGGGGUUAUGAAAUGUUUUUUCCUGUCAAAAUUUAUUUAAGUGUGACAUUUUUAUUUUGAAAAGCAAAUUUAAGAUCUAUUAAAAGGAUUUCCUUUUUAAAAUCAAUAAGACUGUCAAACAAAUAUACUGUAGAACAAUUAAUAGACUGCAGAACAAAUAGAGCGCAAGGUCGAAGACUAUAGCUUAGGUUUUAUAAAUUUAAUUUAAUUAUGAA